AUAGGGACAGAGAGAAGGCCGAAGAAGAGGAAGAGGAGAUACGAGCAGAAGGAACAGGGUAGAGGAGGGAAGGGACGCCGGCUGACAGACAAUAACUAGCAGGCAGACACACAGACAAGCUAAAAUGGAGAAGCCAGCAGUGAAGACCAAGUUUUCUGAGUCUGAGAGGGUGCUGUGCUUCCACGGGCCGCUCAUCUACGAGGCAAAGUGUCUGAAGGUGCAGGUGAAGGACAAGCAAGUCAAGUAUUUCAUCCACUAUGCCGGAUGGAACAAAAACUGGGACGAGUGGGUGCCGGAGAGCCGAGUCUUGAAGCUCAGCGAUGCAAAUAUUAGUAGACAGAAGGACCUGCAGCGCGCCCACGAAGCUUCCCUAAAGAACAAAAAAUCCAAGAAGGAAAAGAAGAAAUUCCCGAAGGAGAUGGGCAAGGAAGGCAGCGGCGGCGGCGGCAGCAGCGGCGGCAGCACCACCCCGGGGACACCAGUGGCAGCAGGCAGCACCACACCAGGAGGCACCACCACUACUGCCACCGCCUCCUCCUCCUCCACCACCACCACCACUCUGGGAUCGGGUGCCGGUGAUGACUCCCGAUCUUCUACACCAAGCACUGACCGGUCCAGCAGUGGUCCAGGGAAGCGGUCGGCUGCCUCUACCCCCACCACGCCUGCCUCUGCCCGGGACGAGGCGGACACCAGGAAGAAACGGUCCAGGAUGGAUAAUACAGUGGAUACGGAGGAGCAGUUUAUGACAGCUGUGGAGGUUCGCGUCAAGCUACCAGAUGAGCUGAAGCCGGCACUGGUGGAUGACUGGGACCUCAUUAACCGCCAACGCAAGCUACCCAUCGUGCCAGCCAGGGUCACCGUCGACACCAUUCUGGCUGACUACAUCCGUGCCAAGACAUCCAACAAGAACAACACCCCCAAUAAGGAGAGCGCAGUGCAGGAGGUGGUGGCUGGCCUGAGAGAAUACUUCAAUGUAAUGCUCGGCACGCAGCUGCUGUACAAGUUUGAGAGGCCACAGUAUGCCGAGAUCCUGCAGCAGCACAAGGACAAGCAGGCCAGCGACAUCUAUGGCUUCAUCCACCUCAUUCGCCUCUUUGUGCGGCUGGGACAGAUGUUGGCCUACACGCAGCUUGAUGAGAAGAGCAUCACCCUCCUCAACUUUCACCUCCAGGACUUUCUCAGGUUCAUGGUGAAGAACCUGGAGACUUACUACAGCAUUCAGGACUACGGCGUGGCUCCGCCUGAGUACCAUCGCAAGGCCAUCAGUUAGCAGUCCGGCCGUGCACCAGGUAUGGCCUCUCCUGUCCCAGUAUUGGCUCCUCGUGUUGAAGGAAGCACACUCAAGUAUUCAGAAAAAGCUGAGAUGCACUCGAGUAUAGUGUAUUUCAGUCAGAUCCCAGUAUGGCAGACAACUGACAUUACAAUCGUGGUGGAGAGGAAGGACAAACUUUAUUGUACGCAAGAUGUACAUUGCGUCGCUGGUGAGGAGCGAGGCUCAGUGUGGCAGCCAAGCGGUGACCAGGAACAGCACAGUACAACUAGUGGACAACCUAAUUUUUUUAAGUUUUUAGUUUUAAGCUUUCUUACCACAAUAAAUACAUGAAAAAAGAGAGAGAGCUCUUCACUUUCAUCUCCACUUCACGUGGGACAUAGAUAUGACUCUCUUUGUUUACAAAAUUUAUUACACGUUAAACAGUGUACAAUCAUUCUGUAAG